UUGACACAUCCAUGAUCCUGUUCCUCGCAGUCCUGGCUUCUGCGGGCAAUAUUUAACAUUAGGGCCUAGUUCUUGCAUCAGUUAAAUUUAGCUUUCAGAGUUGCCUAGAACUAGUCUAGAUUAUUAUCUGGCCACGAACAGUUCAUUCUCGCACCUGGCUGGCAUGGUUUAUGCCAGUGCGUAUUUCGUAGCCCAUCUCUCCGCCCUGUACACGCCCCAUACUUCUACGCGCUAGCUAGCUACUCCCCCCCGCACUGUCUGCGCGGCAUCUGCUGUUGAACAGGACCUCGACUUGUGUAACAGAAUGGCGUCUCAGUCAAUGGACAUAGUGGCGAAGGCGCUGGAGCACCAAGUGCUCCAGUCGGCGCGGAUGGUGGAAGAACAGCUGGAUGCAGAGUUGGGCAAACUGGACAGGAUGGACGAGGACGAACUGGAGCGGUUGAAGGAGAGGAGAAUGGACGCCCUCAAGAAGGCCCAAAAACAGAAGCAGGAGUGGCUGUCUAAAGGACACGGGGAAUACAGAGAGAUACCAAGUGAGAAGGACUUCUUUCCCGAAGUGAAGGAUAGCAAGAAUGUGGUCUGCCAUUUCUACAGGGAUUCUACUUUCAGGAGUAAAAUUUUGGACAAACACCUAGGCAUUUUGGCCAAGAAGCACCUGGAGACAAAGUUCAUCAAGCUGAACGUGGAGAAGGCGCCCUUCCUGACAGAGCGGCUGCGGAUUAAGGUCAUUCCCACGCUGGCGCUGGUGAAGGACGGCAAGACCAAGGACUACGUGGUGGGCUUCACCGACCUGGGCAACACAGACGAGUUCCCCACAGAGAUGCUGGAGUGGAGGCUGGGCUGCUCAGACAUCAUCAACUACAGUGGUAACCUACUGGAACCUCCCACAUCGGCGUCAAAGCAUGGGUCAAAGAUCACAAAGCUGGAGAAGAAGACGAUCAGAGGGAAAGGCUACGAUUCAGACUCCGAUUCUGACGACGACUAAAGGACUCUUACUCGAGGCUCUCGCUCUAUCUCAGGGCUUCCUUCAUACAGUCCUCAGACUCUUACUCCUGGUGCACAUCCAUUUUCUCACAACCUCCAUAUCUCUAAUCCAACACCUUUGCCACUGAGCCAAGCAGCUGGCUUUGUUUUCUUUGUUUUCUAAGUCAAUCGACUGACUAAUUAUGUUAACUGUUCUAACAUUCAAAAUUGAGCACAUUGGAAAGGAUUAAUACACUCUGGCUGAUGUUAAAAACAAGCCAAGAUUGUGUAAACUUUUAAAAUAUUUUCAAUAAGUUUGCUUGGCUUGUUUCCAACAGCAGCCAGCAUGUAUUUGUGAUUUUCAUUGUGCUGAAUUUGUCUGCUUUUUUUAUUUAAUUAUUAUUAAAUGUAAAAUGCAAUCAUUCAUUCUAAUGACGAGUGAGCUUUGUUACUUUAAAGAUACCAGCACUAAUGAGUGUCGUAUCUUACCAGCCUCAGACCUUAGCAUGUGAAUCCAUAUAUUUUAUGGUGCAAUUUUUUAAACUGCCACAGCAGAGAUAUACAUUUUGCAGAUCAUAAUCAACAAAUCAUUAGUCUCAGAAAUUCAAAUAUUGAGAUAGUGGGAGUUUUCUGAAGUGAUGGUCACUCUCACUAGAUACUCUGGCAAUUUUGCCAGUACUUUUUGAUACAGACUAAUGAAGUGAAUAGCCUUUCAGACUUAUUUUCACAAAUUUUUCCACUUCCGUAAUAUUCAUUGCUUCAUUCAAUGUUUACUCAAAUGAAUACAAUGUUUAACAGUCUUAUGUGCACAAGUCACUAUAUUUAUCCACAUUAGCAGCUCUACACGUGGAAAGGAUUCAUUUGAAAAGAAAGGAUGCACAGAGACCUACUUAGAACGAAGGUCACUUUAUGAAUUAAUACCUUAAAAGACCAGUCUUCCAUUUUCUGACAUUGCUGUGGAGUCCACUGACUGUGGACGGUUUGGUGCUGUUGAGGUUUAUAUUUAUCAAGGUUCAUAUUUCAUUUCAUAAGGUUCAUAUUUAUCAAGUGCCAAGGAGGUUUGCAAAGGCCUACAGCAUCCCCGACACAUCUCUUUCCCUAGUUACAGUCUGUGAAUCAAUUUCUGUUCUUACUUUAUCCCAAUAAAUAAGGUUCAAAGCUGA